GUUCUAUUUGUCCGACGCAUCGUCCCGAAAGACCGGAAUUGCAAGGGCCAUGCCGCAGGAGCAGCAUUUAGAGAAAAAGCCAUCUGCAUAAUCCCGACCGCAGGUUGAGGCUAGCCUUGUGGCUCUAUCCGAAUCGAACAAUAAAUAUUUCCCUUGUAGAUCACGACUUUCGCUAUUAUUACAGCAUACGCACCUCUUCUGUUUCCUUCAUGGAAUCACGACCUCUCGACAAAUGGAUUCUGGUCACGGGAGCUAAUGAUGGCGGACUGGGCGAGGCCACCUCUGUUGCAUUCCUCGCGCGCGGCUUCAAUGUCAUUGCAGCGUCCUUUGACGACGAGCCCCUGUCUUUUACGAAGCCACUGAAGGGCAGCACUGAUGGCUUCCUGGUUCGUCUGGGACUUGACACCACGUCGGCACGAUCGAUUGAGGCUGCCGUUGAGCACGUCCAACAACUCACAGAAGGCAAAUUGGACAUCUUAAUAAAUCUUGCCGGAUGUGGAUACUAUAUGCCUCUGAUCGAUGCGCAUAUCAAAGAUGCAAGAAACCAAUUCGACGUCAACGUCUGGGGCACUCUGGCCAUCACACAAGCCUUGUUUCCCAUGCUGCGAGCCGCAAAGGGAAUCAUCAUCAACCAUAUCACCAUCGCAGGCGUUAGCGGCCUGACCGAUCCGUUCACGGGGAUCUACGCCAGCUCACAAGCAGCACUUCGCAGCCUGAGCGACACAAUGCGCCUUGAGUUGGCUCCUUUUGAGAUCAAGGUGAUAACUCUAAUUACCGGCCCUGCAAAAGCCAAACCCGCCCGGCGAACGACGGAAGACAUGCGCUUUGGCUUAUCAGAGGCCUCUCCUUACCGCUACAUCGAAGACGACGCAGUGGAAUCCAUGCUUAGCCUAAUCUCGGCCGAGUCAGACCAUCAAUGGUUCCAGGUAGCAGAGGACAUGGUGCGCGACCUGUACAAGGAGCCAACGCCGGCGUACAUCAUCAAUGGUUACAUCACGUUGCUGCUGUGGUGGAUAGGCUGGCUGCUACCGGCCUGGCUGACGGACUGGGUGACGCUACAACGGAGUGGCCUGUUGCGGCUCAAGGGACCCGCGCGCUCGGAUCCGGGUAGGAUAGAGAAUAAAAAGAUGAUUUGAAAAGUUCACUCGACGAAAAAUCAUGCGCGGGAGAACAACGACGGGAAUGAACGUGAUGCGGAGUGCAGAUGGCAGUGUGUCUUUUUUUUUGUUGUUCUUGGGGAAUCACGUUAUUGUGGAUUGCAUUCCUUGGAAGCGCGCCGUGUGGGUGCUGUCUUUGACAUCUAAUCUAAUGGGGGCUUCGAAGAGCCCGGUACAUGAACCUCAAGGAUUGGAUCUGUGAGGGGGAAAAGUAACCAAUGAUGAAUUCAGACCUUCCCAAAAACGCCGUCGUCUAUCAAAAUGCAGAGUGUAACCGAAGUCGAUGGAGAUACACACUAUGAUGCAUGUC